AUGGCGGGUGGGGUCUGCCACAAAGUUACAGCUUGCCCUUCUUUUGCCUCAUCAUUGGAUCCCAUUAUUUUUAUUUGGACUUUUGAAGAUGCUUUCAUGUCAUUAAUCGAAGAAGGGAUUAAGGGUGCGUUAAACCAAGCACAGAGAAACGCAAAAGGAAAUACAAGGAUGGUUAGAGAGUAA